AUGGCAAAGCGAUCACUUGAAUCUACCUCGGCCUCGGCCAAACGUCGAGUUAAACCAGCGAAGGUAGAACAAACCCCAUUCCAAAUUGUCAACCUGAAAGAUGGCGACGUUCUACAUCAAACAUGCAUCCUUGUGGACGGCACAUGUCCUGCACUCGAUUACAACGAAGAGACCACCUUCAUCUCUGUCUGGUCGGACGAUGCGUUCACCAAGUCAAAGUCUGCCACCCACUGGCCCCUGAACAAAGGGCAAUGGAAGGCUCUUGUCAUGCUCACUCCUGGAAGCAAUACGAUAACUUUCCAAUUGCAUCAUGCUGGAGGAAUCUCAGACGCUCUAAAGAUCACAGUCAACUACAUUCCUCUGUUGCAACUUCCACCACUUCAUUUGGCGAUUCUUGUGGCGAGCGACUCGCCUCUGCUUAUCGAUUGUCCACCUGCUAAGUACGGCGGGAUUUCCACUGCGCAUAGUAGUCUGGACGCUGCGAUUGCCAAACUCCGCAUGUCGGCGUAUAUGUGGCAGGCUCUGACGGCAGAAGAUUUCCGGCAGAAGGGAAUGGGUAGACGCUCGUUCCGGCUGGAGGAGGAGUGGAUGUCUAAUACGACUUUGCAGGCUGGUCAUCAGAUGACACCUGGUGAUUAUGGUCGCAUGGCUGCUGUUGCAAAGGUUCAUAUUAUCCGUUCUGAUAAAUCUGUUGCGGAGAUCAGAGAUGCGGAUGUUGCCCAGCAGAAUCCUCGUGGUCGCAACCGGGAUGAUCUGCAUCGAUACUUUGAGGAAGCUCUGGCUAAGUCGGGUGGUCUCUUUGAAUCACGAUGCAGACCUGUUGUAGCUGGAAUGAUCCUCGACUCGCACUAUUCGGUGGAAAAAUCUAUGAUUAUGGGUCACGCUGCCUUGGGCUGCCAUAAGCCUGAUGGGAUCUCGCUGGGAAUUUUCGGCAGUCACCUUACCUACUCUUGGCCCCGUUUCCUGGAAGAGGUCCCUGCUUGUCUAACGGAUAUGGCAGUUGUCGGUGAUACUGUUGGUAAUGACAACGGCGAAUGCGACACAAUGCGCGGGGCGUGCUUUGUCGGCCAGGGAGCCUUCCUUCACGAAGUCGGCCACGCAUUUGGCGCCGAUCAUACAACUGGUAUCAUGGCGAGAGGAUACAGCAAAUCCUGGGCGAUGAAUUUCAUCGAGCACAAGACAAACAACAAUAUGGUGAAUGACGCGAGGUGGGACAUCCGUGAUGCUCUCCGAUUCAAGCUUCUUCCACACUUUGCAAUUCCCGGAGAUAGGCCUGUGUCAAAUGAGUACAAGAAUGCCGCGGUGCGCAUUCAGGCUGAUCUCAAAGAUGAAGAAGCUGGUAGCGAUGAAAAAUUCAGCUCAGAGUCUCUCAGCGUGUCUUGCUCAGCAGGUCUUGCCCAAGUGACUAUUCAAAGUGGUGAGGAGGACCCGAAAGUCUAUUACAAGGAGACCAUGGGGAACGACUGGACGGGCCAGUGCACAAGACUUUCCAUCGACACAAUCGCUGAACAGUUGGACCGGGCCAAAUCAUUGAAGAUAACUGCCCUGGGAAUGAAUGGCAAAGAGCGAAUGGUCACCGACGCGUGGAAAUUGCUGAAAGAAAGACCUUACAUGCUGAUUCCCGGCAGCGAUCUUGUCAUUCGGAAACAAUCGGUCCGCUGCGAGCUGCUCACUGAAGAGAACCAAGGCGAUGAACUUGCUCCAUGGGCUAUGCUUCUCCAGCACCGCGGCAGGAAUGGCCAGUUGUACCGUGCUACUUCGAUUGAUCUUCGCGUCGGAUGUACCAUGGACGGAGCGGUUGUGCACUAUGCCGAUGGGACGCAUGAGAAUUGCGGCCCUGCUCGUGACCAGCGAGGCCACCCACACAACUUCGGAGGACAUGCUUCAGAGAGCCAUGAUCUCCCCGAAAAUGAAACCAUCACCAGAGUCUUGAUUCGCAAAGAGGGUCCUUCCUGGGCUGGUAGUUUGUCCGGGAUUCGAAUGUCUCUGAGUAAUGGAGACAAAUGGGGUCAUCUGGACGGCGACUAUGACACUAAUAGCAACAUUGGUACUGAGGAAGAUGGUGAGGAUGGAGGUCUAGUCGCACUUGAACCAACUGAUGGCGAAGUGAUUGUAGGCUUCUAUGGACAAAGUUACUCGCGAUCUGGUUACACUUUUGAGUUUGGAAUCUUGACGGCUCCGGAGGGUGUCGAAUUGCCCCAUGUGGUUUAUGAUAUGCCGGAGUUGAGCAAUAUCUAA